GAAAUAACACAAAAGCAACACACUGCCGGGCGCCGCGCGUUUCGGCCUUUAUUUAAAUCUAGUGAACAUCCGCGUCAUAACAAAAGACGCUCGCUGCUCGGUCGACUGGUUCGCGUCAUAUAGUGCCAUUGACGGAAACAAAAAAAACAGUCCUAAAACAAUUGCAUGUCUAUGUACGUGUCGGCGAUGAUUAAUUUUGUUCGAAAAAGUUAAGCUUAUAUUUUAACAAUAAUUAUCCGUCGAGUCCAGUCGCGAAUCGCUUCGAAGACGGGUGGUUAUUUUUUCUUUUAAAAAUUUUUAAUAAUACAAAAAGAACCUUGAACCGCUCGACUAAAGAUACGUUAUUAUUAAAUAGAGAAAAUACUUGAAGUUUUUCUCCGAGAAAUCCGAUAAAAGGAGGAUGUGGCUUUCGAUAAAGUUGGCGUAAUUGGUGACUAAGACGAAAAUGACUCUCGCAAGCGAUUUCAGUCUAAUAUCGUGGUUGCGAACGCUUAGGUACAGCGUCGAGUAUUACGAAGAUACCUGCGAACCGCCAAACAAUCGAGAGUACAAGAACAAUCGCGCCCCGGGAAAUAUGUCUAUCGAUGAAAAACGAAAGGAAGAAAGUAGCGAAGCUCUGUACGCCAACGUGUGGGAAUGUUCGGCAAAUUUUGACGGUGAAAAAUCGAGUACGAAGCACGAAAACGCACGGGAAUCGGAGGAAAACGGUAGUCUAGUGUCGAAUCUCGAAGACAAUUUCUCGAAUUGCGAGUCGGAGAGGUCGUCGUGUGCAGAUUUCUAUUCCGUGAGUAGUCAUCCAUCGGGAAAAUACGAUAACGCAGACAAAAUAAGUCAAAUAACCGACUUGGACGAAUACGUUGAUUCUUUCGAUACUCGUAAAACAUCUCCGACGUACGAAAACCUGGAUCAAUUCAGCCGUGCGUCGCAAGAAAAUAUUUACGAAAACGUUCAAACCAAACACACGUCUGAAUUCGAAGAAGAAAUCUACACUACCAUCAAAUACCUGGAAAAUGUAUUGGACUCGGUGGACUCGAGCAGCGAAGGUGAUUACGAAGAAAACUUGACCGAAGACUUUUGCGAAAACAAUAUUUUGGAUGAAUACACUGACUACGAAAACUUCGAACUAGAAGAAUAUUGUAUGAACGACGCAAAACACAGUCAGGAAGAGAAAUUUACUGAAAGUUCGAGCAGUUUCGGAGAAUAUAUAGGCGGCGAACAACUUGUUAAACAUCACAAUCAAUGUUUAAAUCAGAAAUUUGCUCAGGAAAAUAGAAUAUCGGUCUUCUCUGAGGAGCCAGAACCAAUUUCCCCUCAAGAAAUUAAAAACAUUCCCGUACCAAAGAGGUCGAACACCGCUAGUGUUGGGCAAAGAUUCUCGUUCCCGAUUAACUUGGAUAACAAAGAGAACGUGCUAAGACCGCAGAGCUUUCCCAUUUUUUACAAAUAUACACAGAAAAAUAAUAUUUUGAAUUACGAUAUCGAGAAUAUCAAUUAUGAUUCGAGUAAACCGACAAAGAGCGGGAAAAUAGAUGACGCAGACAGUGGUUUAGAUUUAGAUAACAAAAAUGACGCUGUAUUUGAUGAUAAUUCUACCAAACUGUUGCUUCCUUCAAAUUCGAAAAGUCGCGAUUUAAAUCUGAGUUUCGCUAAAGAAUCGCGGAUUAGUGUUGUUUUCGAGGACAAUAUUGCAGAACUUAAUCAGUUGCAAGUGGCGGAAGAAAAGAUUUUCGGAAAUGAUCUGAUCUUGCGCUUGAAAGAAAACGCAAUCAACUGGAUGACGUUAUUGAUGGAGGACUGUUGCGGCGAUAACGAAGAUAUUAUGGAGGAAAAGGAACUUUUGAAAUCUGUAAAUGAUUUUCACAAGGACAAAAUAGCAGAGCCAUUGGAAGGCAAGUUUCCUAUUGACGAUGAUUCUGUUAACCUUAGAAAACAACCUUCCAUUCGUAGGAAUCGGAUUUCCAAGACAACAGAUUUUGACGUACGCAGAAGAAAGCACGAUUUUUUCCAGAGUUCGAAAAAUUUUGACAUCAAGGGAGUUAUAAAAAUACACACGUCGACGUGCAAUUGGCUGAUCAAUGAAAAAGAAGAAUAUGUAUCAUAUGAAAAUGAGAAUUUAUACAGGGUGAACGAUACAAAGAAAAGAAGGGAACUCCUAAAGGCAGAUGUUACUAUCCGAUUAGUUCGAUAUUCAAAUUCAAAAUCUACUGAAAUCGAGUUAAGAGAUAGCUCCAAUUUUACAUACAUUUUACAUUUCAAUUCUACCAAAAAUGCUAAACAGUUUAUGGAAAAUGAAAAAAUACAAUCAUACCUAACGGACAAUAAAGUGACAAUUAAAAGCACUCUACUUAGAUUUUUAGGAAAAAGAUCAAGUCGCGAAAUUCUUGAAAAGAAGGGCAUCUACAAGAACGAGCCCAUUUUUGGAAAUACGCUGAAGGAAAUUUACUCCAAAUCUGAAAUACCUGUUCCUCAAUUUAUUUACGAUGUCAUCAGACUGAUAGAAAUGCCUGAAAAUAUAAUGAGUUUAGGAUUAUAUAGGACUUCAGGCAAUUUAGCAACUAUUCAGAAAAUACGUUUUGAUGUUGAUAACGGACGACUGAAUACCUUAAAUCAGUACAGCAAAGAUCCAGACGUGCUAACAGGGAGUUUAAAAUUAUUUUUUAGAGAACUCAAAGAACCUCUAAUACCAUAUGAAGUUUGUGAAAAACUUGCGGAUAUAGUCAGGAUGGAUAUAAAUCAGGUGACGUCUAAAGAACAUCAAAGAAUUAAAUUAACGCUCAUGAAAUAUCUAAGCGAAUCGCAUUUAGCCACAUUUUACGUUAUUAUGGCUCACCUUAUAGAGGUGGUGAAAUACAAAGAUCACAACAAAAUGGACUCAUAUAAUUUAGCUAUUUGCUGGGGACCAUCAUUAAUAUUUGCAAAUUCAAAUGUGUACAAUACUCAAUUAGAUUCAAAAGUCUUUCUCAGUUCCCCAAAAGACAUAGUAUCACUAAGUCAUGAUGCGACACGGUUAAUAGAUUUUUUUAUUGGAUAUUUUUCGAAGUAUCCUACUGAAUUAGAAAAGAGACCGGAAAAUACAUGUGAAAAAUAUCUAUCUUUAAAACGACCAGAAUCAAAAGAUAGUAUAGAGAGUGGAGACAGCAGUACAAAAAGUUUUAAAAAAAGUAAUAGUAACUUAAGUUUAAGCGUAGACGAAGUCAUUAAAAAGGCAACUGAAUACAUUGAGUUAAACCUAUCAGCUGAAGGACUAUACAAAAAGCCUGGAAGCUCCGAGAAAACAGCUAAAAUCCUGAAAAAAUUACACAAGAAAAAAAGCAACGAACUUGAUAAAUAUAGAAACGAUGUGUACGAUUUUUGUGACGCAUUGAAAAAAUACCUGAAAGAAUGUUCGGAGCCUUUAAUUGAUGGAAGUACAGUUGAAAGAAUAACUAUAGCAUUUGGAAACAGUCAGAAUUAUUUAGAAUCAACUACACGUCGAGAUGUAAUAGCAACCAUCGAAAAAACGCACAAAAAAGACAGCCUUAUAUAUUUGCUGCGACACAUUGGAAAAGUUUUAAACCACCAGUCGAUCCAUAAAGUGCCAAAGAAGGAGAUUAUCGAGAUUUGGGCGAACGUAUUGAAUUGUGAUAAAAGAAUUCAUCGAUCGCACGAUACAUUUACGAAAUUUUUAACGAUCGCUGUUGAGGUUUUCAAUGACAACUUACCCGACUUGGUCAGAUCGAGCUAUAACAAUAAUGGAAAUACUCAAAACAGAAAUGAUAAUAUGGCAGAGGUAUUAAAAGACCUGAAAUAUCAGCAAGAAAGAGACAGGAAUAGCAGAUAUGACAAUAUCGACAACGUCAUAGGUGAAGCUUCCUUAUUAGACGAAAAUACUGAACAAACAAAAUUAUGAAAGACAAAAUGUUAUAAAUUAUACAAUUUGCAACCCUUAUCAUAUUAUUGAAAAUAUUUGUUGUUUUUUAUGAUGACAUUAUAAAAUUUUUGUACCAUUUUUACAAGGAACAAACUGUGAUCAUAACUUCUAAGCUAGGUUGUUAUCAAAUAAUACAAUAUUAUAGUAUUUUAUGUAUAGGUCUAGUAAAUGCACAAUUUUAAAAUAAAUUAAAAAUUAGUGAAAACCCAUUUGAAGGACUGCAUGACAAAUUGAGACGUUAUAUUUUUCUGUGAUUUAAUAUGAAUUAUUGUUGAAAAAAAUGAUAUCAAUAGUUUUUAUUUUUUCGA